UUUGCGUUGCUAUUGGAGCGUUGUGCCGCUCCCCUUUCGAGCCCACUGAGUCUGAUUAGAGGGCUGGGAGUUGGGAUCCCGCCCCCGCAGCUCCUCUUAGGCCACACCUCCCUGCUUCUGGCCCAGUUCAAAGCACAGCUCGCUAUCAAUCAGCUCGUUGCUGCGAGAAACGUUGCCACCGCCACCAACCCCCCACUACCCUCCCCUCACCCCCAUCCUCCUCUUGCUCUCCUCAUCAACCUCCUCAAAGCGGCAGCCACCAUCAAUAACAUGUACCGUCCCCUAUAUAACCCCUUAGGGGGUCAGUACUCUUCACAAGCCCAGAGAACGGCAGCCCAGAUGGGGCCUUAUGGACUCACACAAGCCCAGUCCGGAAUGGACCCUCUGGUGGCCUCCCGCCUGGGUCUGGGCCCUGGGUCUGGUGGUUCCUCUGGUUCUUCCAGUCAGGGGGGCAUGAUGUCCUCAAUGGUGUCCCAGCAAAUGGGGUACAACCUGGGGCAGAGAUCGGCCGGGAUGACCCCGGAGAUGGAGACCUCCAUAGACCACCACAUCCGCUGGGCCAGAGAGGAUGUGAGGCUGCUCAGCCAGAUGGUGCAGCAGAAACAGAACCAGCAGAUCCAACUGGAUGCCCGGAUUCCUCGCCUGAGUCGUGACCCCAGGGACGAGCUCUUGUCUAGGGGAGGGAUGGGUAGCUACACCCCUAGCCGGUCCUCCAACGGCCAGCAGAGCUCCAUGGACUCCUGGCCUGGCUACUUGACCCAGUCUGCUUCCUCUAAACUCUUCUCCUCCCCCCUCCCUCAGUCCUCCCCUUCCCCCUCCCAGAUGUACCAAAGCCAAACUUCUGGGUUUGGGGGUGCGGGAGAGCUGGGACCCACCUCAAGGGGUUCUGAGGCGUUCAUGAGCGUCUCUGCCUCGUCUGCCGCCCCUUGUCCAGCCCGGUACACGUCAGAGUCCGCCAGCAGCAUCCUGGCGAGUUUUGGCUUGUCCAACGAGGACCUGAAGCUCCUGAGCCACUACCCAGAUGAUCAGCUGACCCCAGACAACCUGCCCUUCAUCCUCAGAGACAUCCGCAUCCGUAAGGCCAAUAGAACCAUGGAUGUGGACCAUCGGCCCCAGGCUAGCGGCAGACCCAGCCCAGGGUUGGACCACUUAGGUGGAGGACAGAGCAAAGUGAUCGAUUAUGGACAUAUUGGUGCUACUAAAUACGUUGGUUAUGAUAAUGGUGAUAUCCGAUCCGAUAGUUACGGCGGGCGAGAUCCGCUCACGAAAGAGGCGCUGAAAUAUGGCGUAGUCAGAGACUCGCCAAGCGGGAACACCGGGACGCCGUACAGCAGUGUUAGAGGUUCCGUGACCUCAGUCCUUUCCAAGCAACGUACCCAACAGCAGCAGACUCACGGCCCUGCCGUCCAGAGUCCCAUCUCUCUCCCCGAGAAAGACACAGAUGCUCGUGUCGGCCUUCCUCCGCCUUCCAGACUACCCCAAAAGACCCUCAAAACCCACGACUCAUUUAAAGCAACACCCAAACCUAUGAACAUCCCUGUCCACGGCGGAGACCAAGGACUCGACCGACUCCUCGCAUCACAGAAUCGAGGCACUGCUCGGGGCCAGGCUCAGCCCCGGUCCGACCUGGUGGUUCUCAGUGGUGCUGGAGGAGUAGUAGGAGUUGGUACCGGGGUUCCAGGACUCAGGGUUGGAGGUGACCUAGUCGGGGUUCCUCCUCCCACGCCACCCCCCAUGUGGCCUCCCUUAUUCCCCAUCAUGAAUCCAUCGGUUCCCCCUCCCGGUCACGUUCCGGUGACUGGUCCGCCGCCCCGGAUGGGUCCACCGCCGUCUAUGUUCCAGCAGAUGAAUGUCCCGCCGCCGAUGAUGAUGAUGAUGAUGAUGCCGAAGAGGUUGCCGACCCCGACCAUGAUGAGUGAUUACUCCGCAGCUUCUCCCAGAAUCUUUCCUCAUACCUGUUCUCUCUGUAACGUAGAAUGUGCCCAGCUAAAGGUGAGUUUUCGCCAUACCAUAACCUGUCUUGACCAGACCUGGGUUCAAAUACUAUUUGAAGUCGUUCAAAUACUUUGAGCAUUUUCUCUAGCCCAGGGCUGUUCAAUUCUGGUCCUCAAAGGCAAAAACACUACAGUUUUUUUGCUUCUACCUGGUAUCCCAGGUCUUAAAUCAGUCCCAGAUAAUUAACUGGGUGUUUUGGCCCUCCAAGAACAGCCCUGCUCCAGCCUGCCUUGAUUGCAGUUUCAGGAGUUCAAUCAAGUACAUAUAAAGUAUUUGUAAUGUCAAAUAGUAUGUGAACCCAGGUCUGAACCUCCCCAUACUGACAAUUAGUUGUAUCUUUUCAACCUCGUUUAUCUCAAGACUUCUCUUGUUGAAAUGUGUUCCAUUUGUUCAUUCAAAAACACACGUCUAGCUAUGCGAUUAUCACGUGUUGCCCCACAAUGCACGGUGAGUUGAGAUGUACUAAAAUGGAUGAUGAAAAAAAUAAGGAAAUAAAGUGGGAAAAUGCUUUUUAGAGUAAGAUAUUUGCAAAUUACUUGAGUUGGCUCGAAAUAUGACGAUAUCGAAUCCUGGAUGCAUUCAACAUUAUUCUAUUGUCAUUAUUGAAUACUAAUAUCAUGUCAUGAGAUUUUUUUGUAGAUGUAUUUUUUUUCUCUCCAAACCUCAUUGAAAUAUUGUCAUUUUUAUUUGUUUUGUAAAGACCUUGUGUUGACCCUCCUUUUAUAAGACAUUCAGUUAAAAUUGCAGUUUUAUUUGUGACUUUCGAUGACCAUGAUUUGCCUGAGGCAGACUGUUUUGACGACGAGACAACCAACAAGAAGAGGAGAAGCUGCCGGUGGGCUUCCAUUUCCGACUCUGUAUAAACAACUACCCUUGUUCUUUCAGUAGACCUUUUACCAUGGUCAAAUUAAUGGACGUUUUAGCCAACUACGCCACUAGAAUACAUUCUUUUUUUUUUUUUUACUCAAACCCCUGGAUAAUACAUAUCCCCUUAUGUCAUUACACUGUGUAAACCAAUGACCAUAACUUACCACACACUCCACUACUAACUAACUUUUCAUACAAUUUAUUUAGUCACUUUGGGAAGUUACUUGUUUUUGGGAAGAAGAUGGCUGCCGUGAGAGUGACGAGAGAAUCCGUUCCAGAGAAUCUACAGAGAAGACCCCAGAAGAUUCCAGAUGCUGCUUUUCCCAUCAUCCUUUGCCAUACCUACCUAGUGUUUUUCUUGGUAGAACAGGCAGAGAGCGUAACUAGCCUAUUUUUACCAUUACAUUUUUUUUUCUGACAUUGAACUAACUCCUGAUAUGAAAGCAGAGAAAUGGACUUUGUGUUAAAAACACACUUUUCACUAGUUGCAAGGUGCAAAAAAUGAGGGAAACCAAACGAAUAUUGAAAGGACUUGAUGUAGAGGGGUUUGGGGAAAGUGGUGGUGAUUUUGAAGACCCAGACUGACUGUCGUCUAUGUCUUUUGCUGUUUUGAUCAACAGAACUGGAUCGAGCAUCAAAACACCGGCCUCCACAUCGAGAACUGCCGUCAGCUCAGGAAAUCGUUAGUUAUUUAUCCUCUUUAACAUCAUUUCUGCCUGGCUCUUUGUCAAUUUUAUAUUUUCUUCAAUUCCUUGUGUCCUCUCAUCUCCUCCUCAAAGCCCAUUGGAGGAGAAAGUAAUGGUGGAGGGACUUGAUAUCGUCUCCUCCAAUACAGUUGAGAUGGGAGGCGAGGAGAUGGGAGGCGAGGAGAUGGGAGGCGAGGAGAUGGGAGGCGAGGAGAUGGGAGGCGGGGAGAUGGGAGGCGGGGAGAUGGGAGGCGGGGAAAGACGAAUUGAAAUCUACGUCCAGUGAUCACCAUCACAUUGUAGCUUGUGCUAAUCACUGUUUCCUUCUUCCAGGUAUCCCGACUGGAACGUGGAAACUGUCACUGUAUCAAGGUGAGUCCCCUACCUGUCACUAACUGUCUCUGUAUCAGGGUGAGUCCCCUACCUGUCACUAACUGUCUCUGUAUCAGGGUGAGUCCCCUACCUGUCACUAACUGUCUCUGUAUCAGGGUGAGUCCCCUACCUGUCACUAACUGUCUCUGUAUCAGGGUGAGUCCCCUACCUGUCACUAACUGUCUCUGUAUCAGGGUGAGUCCCCUACCUGUCACUAACUGUCUCUGUAUCAGGGUGAGUCCCCUACCUGUCACUAACUGUCUCUGUAUCAGGGUGAGUCCCCUACCUGUCACUAACUGUCUCUGUAUCAGGGUGAGUCCCCCUCACUACUGUCUCUGUAUCAGGUGAGUCCCUACCUGUCACUAACUGUCUCUGUAUCAGGGUGAGUCCCCUACCUGUCACUAACUGUCUCUGUAUCAGGGUGAGUCCCCUACCUGUCACUAACUGUCUCUGUAUCAGGGUGAGUCCCCUACCUGUCACUAACUGUCUCUGUAUCAGGGUGAGUCCCCUACCUGUCACUAACUGUCUCUGUAUCAGGGUGAGUCCCCUACCUGUCACUAACUGUCUCUGUAUCAGGGUGAGUCCCCUACCUGUCACUAACUGUCUCUGUAUCAGGGUGAGUCCCCUACCUGUCACUAACGGUCUCUGUAUCAGGGUGAGUCCCCUACCUGUCACUAACGGUCUCUGUAUCAGGGUGAGUCCCCUACCUGUCACUAACGGUCUCUGUAUCAGGGUGAGUCCCCUACCUGUCACUAACUGUCUCUGUAUCAGGGUGAGUCCCCUACCUGUCACUAACUGUCUCUGUAUCAGGGUGAGUCCCCUACCUGUCACUAACUGUCUCUGUAUCAGGGUGAGUCCCCUACCUGUCACUAACGGUCUCUGUAUCAGGGUGAGUCCCCUACCUGUCACUAACGGUCUCUGUAUCAGGGUGAGUCCCCUACCUGUCACUAACUGUCUCUGUAUCAGGGUGAGUCCCCUACCUGUCACUAACUGUCUCUGUAUCAGGGUGAGUCCCCUACCUGUCACUAACGGUCUCUAUAUCAGGGUGAGUCCCCUACCUGUACUACCUGUACUGUGUUCGAAAGUAGAAGAUGAGAGAACUUCAUCCCUAUGAUGAAGGUCAUCGCCUGACUCAAUGCUUAGCAGGUUAAGUCUUUAAAAUGAGAUCUAAUUUAUAGUUCAGAAUCAUCCAGAAUAUCUUAAUCAGGCCUACUUCCUUUCUCUCCCUCUCCUCCCCCCCUUCUCGCCCUCUCCUCCCCCCCUUCUCUCCCUCUCCUCCCCCCUUCUCUCCCUUUCUCUUUCUCCCUCUUCCCCUCGCUCACCCCUUUCCUCCCUCUCUCCCCCCUCCUCCUCUCUCUCCAGCCAUGCUCCCAGUAGUAAUGACAUCAGCCAGUCGUCCUCCAAACGCCGUAAAACACGCUCCACCUCCCGUUCUCCAUCCUGGUCUCGCUCUCCUUCUCCUCACCUCUCCUCUUACCACACCACUUCCUCCUCCGCUACUCGCCGCCCUCGAUCCAGGGAACGAUCCCGCUCCCGGGAACGUAGACACAACGCCACCACACGCCGUUCCCGGUCUCCUGGUUCACGCCGGGAGCGUGACCCUCCGGCGUCUUCUUCACACUGGGAUCGAGAACGUCGGCGUUCCCGCUCGCCCCGGACAACCUCUUCAUCCCGGAGGUAAGAUAACAACAGAACAAGUCAAUAGACUGUUGUAGUGCUUUUUACAUUUAUUUGACAUUAAAAAGGAUCUAAAAUAAAUGUGUUGUGUUCAGAUGAAUGAGGCUACUCUAUGGAUUUUAAAUGUCUAUAUUUUAUAUCUGAAUAUUUGAAUGUCUAAUAAAAUUCAUUCAAGUAAUCUAAUGAAUGAAUUCAUCCAGGUUGCGUUGUAGGAGCUAUGAGCGGGAGACCAGGAGGAGCAGCCCUUCAGGAGGAGGUGGGAGGAGCAGACAGCAGAAGUCUAACAGUGCUGAGAGACUGGCCAAGAAACUACUGGAGUCAUCUGGUGAGAGCGAGACACACACACACACACACACACACACACUGGUAAGACCGAGAGAGAGGGAAACAAUUAUCGUGUUCACACUGCGCUUAGCCCGGGGCUAAGCGAGUGUUCACACUUGCACAUUCUAAAGUGGGCUAGCACCGACCUUCACCCAGGGCUAGCUGGCCCUGCUCUGGAGCAAGGUAAGCACACGACUUUUCGGGGCCAAUCAGAGUUCCAUUGUCACCUAAUUGAAUAUUCUACUCCAGAAAAGUGAACCCAGGGCCAGUCUUAGCCUGAAGGGGCUGAUAAUGCAGUGUGAAAAGGUCCAAUGAAUCUCAAUGGUAUUUCCUUGAUUCCUCUCACCUUCCAAAGCUCAUUGGAGGAAAAGGUCAGAGGGGAGGAACCUCAGCUGGACUUUCUUUGACCACACCCUGACCCAUGCCCAUGUCUCCCCCUCUCCUUCUAACUGGCCUCUCUUUGACCACACCCUGACCCAUGUCUCCCCCUCUCCUUCUAACUGGACUCUCUUUGACCACACCCUGACCAUGCCCAUGUCUCCCCCUCUCCUUCUAACUGGCCUCUCUUUGACCACACCCUGACCCAUGUCCAUGUCUCCCCUCUCCUUCUAACUGGCCUCUUUGACCACACCCGACCCUGCCCAUGUCUCCCCUCUCCUUCUAACUGGCCUCUCUUUGACCACACCCUGACCCAUGCCCAUGUCUCCCCCUCUCCUUCUAACUGGCCUCUCUUGACCACACCCUGACCCAUGCCCAUGUCUCCCCCUCUCCUUCUAACUGGCCUCUCUUUGACCACACCCUGACCCAUGUCUCCCCCUCUCCUUCUAACUGGCCUCUCUUUGACCACACCCUGACCCAUGCCCAUGUCUCCCCCUCUCCUUCUAACUGGCCUCUUUGACCACACCCUGACCCAUGCUUCUCCCCUCUCCUUCUAACUGGCCUCUCUUUGACCACACCCUGACCCAUGCCCAUGUCUCCCCCUCUCCUUCUAACUGGCCUCUUUGACCACACCCUGACCCAUGCCCAUUCUCCCCCUCUCCUUCUAACUGGCCUCUCUUUGACCACACCCUGACCCCAUGUCUCCCCCUCUCCUUCUAACUGGCCUCUCUUUGACCACACCCUGACCCAUGUCUCCCCCUCUCCUUCUAACUGGCCUCUCUUUGACCACCACCCAUGCCCAUGUCUCCCCCUCUCCUUCUAACUGGCCUCUCUUUGACCACACCCUGACCCAUGUCUCCCCCUCUCCUUCUAACUGGCCUCUCUUUGACCACACCCUGACCCAUGCCCAUGUCUCCCCCUCUCCUUCUAACUGGCCUCUCUUUGACCACACCCUGACCCAUGUCUCCCCCUCUCCUUCUAACUGGCCUCUCUUUGACCACACCCUGACCCAUGUCUCCCCCUCUCCUUCUAACUGGCCUCUCUUUGACCACACACACACUAACCCAUCCCUUGGUAUUUCCAGCUGGUCUCUCCCUGACUGAGAACACCAGUCACACUAACCCAUCCCUUGGUAUUUCCAGCUGGUCUCUCCCUGACUGAGAACACCAGUCUAGAAGUUAUGAUGCAGUCCCUCGCCCCUGCGCUCCUGGCAGAGCUCGCCAAGAAGAAGGGUGCCACGUCCUCCAAGGGAGGUGCCAGCAGGAGGGGCCGCCCCUCCUCUCGGAAGACUGAAACGUCUAAGGGAAGCAAGGCAGGCACAGGAUCUGGAAGGUCAUCAACCAGGAAGUCCUCCUCGCCGUCCAAAUCAUCCAGCUCCGCUUCUUCCAAGGUAUGUGUUUGUGUGAUUUAUAAUUAUUUUUUCUUCUGAUUUUAAAUAACUCUAGGACCCUCCACAUAGUGAAGACAUAAGAGAUGUCAUGAUGUUGUCUUUGUGGUGGAUGUUCUGAAGGGCUUACAUUCACUCUCCUAUUAUUGAAUGUUUAAUAUUAGCAUCGCUGGGGGCGGCAGCUCUGUGCCUAAACAUGACAAUCUACUAACAUAACUUAAGCACACCCGUCGUAGUAAAGGUCUAACUAUGGUACGGACUACCCUGCGGCACAGCUGCGUCCCCGACGUAGCGUUUUCACCCCCUCUCCCGCCGCACACCUCCUCCCUUGUGCUUCUCUGCCUGUGUGCGUCACCGUUGCUCUGACUUCCGUUGACAGACAGCUUCUUCCCGCUCUCGUUUGUGGCAGAAUUGAUUGGGAAUAGUCGAUUAAAAUGCUAUCAACACAAUAUAAACCUUUUGUCAACUCCCCAAAGGCAGCCUGAAAAGUAGCUGAAUUUGUCGCUCAAAUUUGUUACCAAUAAAAGUCACUGGAGAGGUCUGAGUACUCUAAACGGCAACACUGGGUGAUGUGCAUUUGACUUUGGCUGAGUUGGCGCAAAUUCACAUUCGAUCAGAAAACCGGGCCGGACCAUCUUGGUAGGGGGGCGGCGGCCGUUGCCCAUUGGUCAGCCAAAUGCUCAAUAUAGAUUAUGACAACAGAGAAAUGGCGCAAAAGUCAUAAAAAAAAAAAAUUCUGACCCCUUGAGUUUUCCCACAUUUUGUCACGCUACAGCCUUAUUCUAAAAUUGACUUAAAUGUUUUUUUUUUCUCAUUAAUCUACACACAAUACCCCAUAAUGACAAAGCAAAAACAGGUUUUUAGAAAUGUUUGCCAAUUUCUUUUUUUUAAACCCGGAAAUAUCACAGUAUUCAGUCCCUUUACUCAGUACUUUGUUGAAGCGCCGUUGGCAGCGAUUACAGCCUCAAGUCUUCUUGGGUAUGACGCUACAAGCUUGGCACACCUGUAUUUGGGGUGUUUCUCCCAUUCUUCUCUGCAGAUCCUCCAAGCUCUGUCAGGUUGGAUGGGGAGCGUUGCUGCACAGCUAUUUUCAGGUCUCUCCAGAGAUGUUUGAUCGGGUUCAAGUCCGGGCUCUGGCUGGGCCACUCAAGGACAUUCAGAGACUGGUCCCGAAGUCACUCCUGCGUUGUCUUGGCUGUGUGCUUAGGGUCGUUGUCCUGUUGGAAGGUGAACCUUCUCCCCAGUCUGAGAUCCUGAGUGCUCUGGAGCAGGUUUUCAUCAAGGAUCUCUCUGUACUUUGCUCUAUUCAUCUUUCCCUCGAUCCUGACUCCCAGUCCCUGCCUGAAAAACAUCUCAACAGCAUGACGCUACCACCUCCAUGCUUCACCGUAGUGAUGGUGCCAGGUUUCCUCUGGACGUAACACUUCAAGUUCGAGUUCAAUCUUGGUUUCAUCAGACCAGAAAAUCUUGUUUCUAGGAAGAGUCUUGGUGGUUCCAAACUUCUUCCUUUUAAGAAUGAUGGAGGCCACUGUGUUCUUGGGGACCUUCAAUGCUGCAGACAUUUUUUGGUACCCUUCCCCAGAUCUGUGCCUCGACACAGUCCUGUCUCGGAGCUCUACGGACAAUUCCUUCAACCUCAUGGCUUGGUUUUUGCUCUGACGUGCACUGUCAACUAUAUAGACAGAUGUGUGUGUGCCUUUCCAAAUCAUGUCCAAUGAAUUGAAUUUACCACAGGUGGACGCCAAUCAAGUUGUAGAAACAUCUCAAGGAUGAUCAAUGGAAACAGGAUGUACCUGAGAUCAAUAUUGAGUUCCACAGACAUGUGACUAACAAAUGGAAUGAUGUGUACCUGAACAAAGGGGGGGAGGUCAAAAUCAAAGUAACAGUCAGUAUCUGGCCACCAGCUGCAUUAAGUACUGCAGUGCAUCUCCUCCUCAUGGACUGCACCAGAUUUGCCAGUUCUUGCUGUGAGAUGUUACCCCACUCUUCCACCAAGGCACCUGCAAGUUCCCGGACAUUUCUGGGGGGAAUGGCCCUAGCCCUCACCCUCCAAUCCAACAGGUCCCAGACGCGCUCAAUGGGAUUGAGAUCCGGGCUCUUUGCUGGCCAUGGCUGAACACUGACAUUCCUGUCUUGCAGGAAAUCACGCACAGAACGAGCUGUAUGGCUGGUGGCAUUGUCAUGCUGGAGGGUCAUGUCAGGAUGAGCCUGCAGGAAGGGUACCACAUGAAGGAGGAGGAUGUCUUCCCUGUAACGCACAGCGUUGAGAUUGCCUGCAAUGACAACAAGCUCAGUCCGAUGAUGCUGUGACACACCGCCCCAGACCAUGACGGACCCCCCCACCUCCAAAUUGAUCCCGCUCCAGAGUACAGGCCUCGGUGUAACGCUCAUUCCUUCGACGAUAAACGGGAAUCCGACCAUCACCCCUGGUGAGACAAAACCGCGACUCGUCAGUGAAGAGCACUUUUUGCCAGUCCUGUCUGGUCCAGCGACGGUGGGUUUGUGCCCAUAGGCGAUGUUGUUGCCGGUGAUGACCUGUCUUACAACAGGCCUACAAGCCUUCAGUCCAGCCUCUCUCAGCCUAUUGCGGACAGUCUGAGCACUGAUGGAGGGAUUGUGCGUUCCUGGUGUAACUCGGGCAGUUGUUGUUGCAAUCCUGUACCUGUCCCGCAGGUGUGUGAUUCAGAUGUACAUGGAAGCCUUUAGCCUAGUGUAUUUACUUUUUUACAUUUUACAUUUUAGUCAUUUAGCAGACGCUCUUAUCCGGAGCGACUUACAGGAGCAAUUAGGGUUAAGUGCCUUGCUCAAGGGCACGUCGGCUCGGGGAUUAGAACCGGCGACCUUUCGGUUACUGGCACAACGCUCUUAACCACUAAGCUACCUGCCGCCCACACCUACUUCACACAGUUGACAAAAUUUAAAAGCACAUGCAUAAUUGACACUGCUGACCUGCCCGAAUGCGGUUAAGCCUAAAAUAACGUGUGUCUCUUUUGAGCAGUCACAAAUUUUGCAUAGGCAUGUCUGUCACAGACGAAGUCUGUUAGCAUUUCCCCUCAUGCCUCUGAAUGAUGUAGACUCGAGGCUGUAAUCAUUGCCAAAGGUGCUUCAACAAAGUACUGAGUAAAGGGUCUGAAUACUUACGUAAAUGUGAUAUUUCAGUUUUAUUUUAAAUAAAAUGUCUAACCUGUUAUUGCUUUGUCAUUAUGGGGUGUUGUGUGUAGAUUGAUGAGGGGAACCCCCCCCCCCCCCAAAAUGUAAUGAAAUGUUGAAUAAGGCUGUAAUGUAACACAAAUCUGGAAAAAGUGAAGGGGUCUGAAUACUUUGCGACUGCUCUGUAUUGGACCAUGAAUGUAGCCUAUGCAUGGUUCAUAGUAUCACCUAUGCUGUUAGCAAUGAGCAUUAUCACCUGUAGCCCCACUGGUGCAGCGAAGAGGCUAUAGAUAAAUGGGAUGAAGCAGGGGGUUGGCGAUCUGCAUGUACCCUGUUGGGCCAAUCAUUAGUAGAGUCCUGCAUCGGGUCGUACACCCACGGUUCCCCACAGGUGGAAUGAUUUUUAUAUAUAUAUAUAUAUAUUUUUUUUUUCUUCUCUCGAACCUUUUUCAAGAUAAUAGACUAUUGGAAAAAAACCUUAUGUUCCCUCUCCAACACGUUGCCAAGUUUACUUUCCCAGGAUAGCUGAUGCAGAGACCAGAGAAAUAAAAAAGAUUACGAUAAGGGAAUAGACGACAACAUCACCGUGGAAACCGGUGCUGCGCGGGUCAAAUCCCCAGUUUGGAAGGACAACGCGGUAGAUGGAUACACAGCCUGCACAAAGGGCAGGUAGGCCUGAUUGUUUUCGAUAAUUCAGUGAAUUAUCAGUGAGUUAUUACUUUAAUUCAGGCUUCCGUUCAUACGCAGGCCAUAUACAGUGUAAACCAGUGCAGCUGGUAAUAGUUAGAGUAGUCUACUAAAUAAAUGUAGCCUCUUUUUGCGGCCUGUAUUCCGUCAUGGGAAUUUCCUCCCUAUGGCACUCGUGACUUGAAUGCCGCCUCGGAAUAUUUCUCUCCCAUAAAAACGUUACAACAACAACCCGACGAGGUAAAUAUAUCAACUGUCCGAUUGUUACUCGUUUUGUUUGCAGAGGAAGUCAUGUGGAAUGUUCCAGCUUCUUCAAAGUGCACCUCUGCAGAUAUUUGUGAAAAAUAAAAAUAUAAAAAAUAUGUAAAAUGUUAUUUUGCCGUGGUGGCACAGCUAACUGAUUGCAGCAGAAACACUGAUGGACAUUUGGAGCCUUGACAGACCGAGACUACUCAAGGACAAUAUAAAAACACUAACAACAAACAACUUCUUCAUCGUCUCUCCUCUUUCUCUUUUGGCUUCAACCAUUUGGAGAUCAUAUAAAAGCUAACAAUUCAAAAUGUCUAUUUUCCCAGACUAAUAAGGGAGCCCCAGGGACAUCGGCUCACUAACGAGACUAUAGAAUAUCCCCCCCCCACACAGCUCACUAACGAGACUAUAGAAUAUCCCGACACACAGCUCACUAAUGAGACUAUAGAAUAUCCCCCCCACACACAGCUCACUAACGAGACUAUAGAAUAUCCCCCGACACACAGCUCACUAACGAGACUAUAGAAUAUCCCCCCACACACAGCUCACUAACGAGACUAUAGAAUAGCCCCCCACACACAGCUCACUAACGAGACUAUAGAAUAUCCCCCCACACACAGCUCACUAACGAGACUAUAGAAUAUCCCCCCCACACACAGCUCACUAACGAGACUAUAGAAUAUCCCCCCACACACAGCUCACUAACGAGACUAUAGAAUAUCCCCCCCCCACACACAGCUCACUAACGAGACUAUAGAAUAUCCCCCCACACACAGCUCACUAACGAGACUAUAGAAUAUCCCCCCCCACACACAGCUCACUAACGAGACUAUAGAAUAUCCCCCCCCACACACAGCUCACUAACGAGACUAUAGAAUAUCCCCCCGACACACAGCUCACUAAUGAGACUAUAGAAUAUCCCCCCGACACACGGCUCACUAACGAGACUAUAGAAUAUCCCCCCGACACACAGCUCACUAACGAGACUAUAGAAUAUCCCCCCCACACAGCUCACUAACGAGACUAUAGAAUAUCCCCCCACACAGCUCACUAACGAGACUAUAGAAUAUCCCCCCACACACAGCUCACUAACGAGACUAUAGAAUAUCCCCCCCCACACAGCUCACUAACGAGACUAUAGAAUAGCCCCCCACUCACAGCUCACUAACGAGACUAUAGAAUAUCCCCCCCACACAGCUCACUAACGAGACUAUAGAAUAGCCCCCCACACACAGCUCACUAACGAGACUAUAGAAUAUCCCCCCCACACAGCUCACUAACGAGACUAUAGAAUAUCCCCCCGACACACAGCUCACUAAUGAGACUAUAGAAUAUCCCCCCGACACACAGCUCACUAACGAGACUAUAGAAUAUCCCCCCACACACAACUCACUAAUGAGACUAUAGAAUAUCCCCCCCACACACAGCUCACUAACGAGACUAUAGAAUAUCCCCCGACACACAGCUCACUAACGAGACUAUAGAAUAUCCCCCCACACAGCUCACUAACGAGACUAUAGAAUAGCCCCCCACACACAGCUCACUAACGAGACUAUAGAAUAUCCCCCCGACACACAGCUCACUAACGAGACUAUAGAAUAUCCCCCCCACACACAGCUCACUAACGAGACUAUAGAAUAUCCCCCCGACACACAGCUCACUAACGAGACUAUAGAAUAUCCCCCCGACACACAGCUCGCUAACGAGACUAUAGAAUAUCCCCCCACACACAGCUCACUAACGAGACUAUAGAAUAUCCCCCCGACACACAGCUCACUAACGAGACUAUAGAAUAUCCCCCCACACACAGCUCACUAACGAGACUAUAGAAUAGCCCCCCACACAGCUCACUAACGAGACUAUAGAAUAUCCCCCCCGACACACAGCUCACUAACGAGACUAUAGAAUAUCCCCCCCACACCAGCUCACUAACGAGACUAUAGAAUAUCCCCCCGACACACAGCUCACUAACGAGACUAUAGAAUAUCCCCCCGACACACAGCUCACUAACGAGACUAUAGAAUAUCCCCCCGACACACAGCUCACUAACGAGACUAUAGAAUAUCCCCCGACACACAGCUCACUAAUGAGACUAUAGAAUAUCCCCCCCACACACAGCUCACUAACGAGACUAUAGAAUAUCCCCCCCACACACAGCUCGCUAACGAGACUAUAGAAUAUCCCCCCCACACACAGCUCGCUAACGAGACUAUAGAAUAUCCCCCCACACAGCUCACUAACGAGACUAUAGAAUAUCCCCCCCACACACAGCUCACUAACGAGACUAUAGAAUAUCCCCCCCACACACAGCUCACUAACGAGACUAUAGAAUAUCCCCCCACACACAGCUCACUAACGAGACUAUAGAAUAUCCCCCACACACAGCUCACUAACGAGACUAUAGAAUAUCCCCCCGACACACAGCUCACUAACGAGACUAUAAAUAUCCCCCCCCCACACAGCUCACUAACGAGACUAUAGAAUAUCCCCCCGACACACAGCUCGCUAACGAGACUAUAGAAUAUCCCCCCCACACAGCUCACUAACGAGACUAUAGAAUAUCCCCCCCACACACAGCUCACUAACGAGACUAUAGAAUAUCCCCCCCACACACAGCUCACUAACGAGACUAUAGAAUAUCCCCCCACACACAGCUCACUAACGAGACUAUAGAAUAUCCCCCCGACACACAGCUCACUAACGAGACUAUAGAAUAUCCCCCCCCCACACAGCUCACUAACGAGACUAUAGAAUAUCCCCCCGACACACAGCUCACUAACGAGACUAUAGAAUAUCCCCCCCACACACAGCUCGCUAACGAGACUAUAGAAUAUCCCCCCCCACACAGCUCACUAACGAGACUAUAGAAUAUCCCCCCACACACAGCUCACUAACGAGACUAUAGAAUAUCCCCCCGACACAGCUCACUAACGAGACUAUAGAAUAGCCCCCCACACACAGCUCACUAACGAGACUAUAGAAUAUCCCCCCGACACACAGCUCACUAAUGAGACUAUAGAAUAUCCCCCCCACACACAGCUCACUAACGAGACUAUAGAAUAUCCCCCCCACACACAGCUCACUAACGAGACUAUAGAAUAUCCCCCCCACACACAGCUCGCUAACGAGACUAUAGAAUAUCCCCCCCACACAGCUCACUAACGAGACUAUAGAAUAUCCCCACGACACACAGCUCACUAACGAGACUAUAGAAUAGCCCCCCCACACACAGCUCACUAACGAGACUAUAGAAUAUCCCCCCCACACACAGCUCGCUAACAAUAACUGUCUCCUCUUGCUCUUUUCUCGCUCUCUCUAGACUAAGAAGAAGGGAGCACCAGGGACCUCCGCACUGUUAAGACUGAAGAAUAUUCCCCAACACACAGCUCAUGAUGAGGUGGUCAAGGCCGUAGAACCCUUCGGAAAGAUCAACAACGUCAUCCAGCUCAAGCCCAUACAGCAGGUAUUCCAUAUAACCUGAGUCCCCCCCGAAACCCCCAUCUUUCUUAUAGUUCAAUGUCCUGAUUUUUCAUUUUACUCAAGGCCAUACACCAGGUAUUUACAAACACCAGUCUUUCCACUUGCUGAUGACCCCCAGUAGCUGUGCCCCGUCAUCUCUAAAUGCAUAGACAUUUAAGUCAUUUAGCAGACGCUGUUAUCCAGAGCGACUUACAAAUUGGUGCAUUCAACUUACACACAACUAAUCAUCCACAAAUACAUCUCUAAAUGCAUAGACGCCACAAAUACAUCUCUAAAUGCAUAGACGCCACAAAUACAUCUCUAAAUGCAUUGACGCCACAAAUACAUCUAUUUUCCUUUCUCCCCCCCACUCCUUCUCUUCAUCGCACUUCAUAUUUUUUGUCUUAAUAAAUGUAGCUCUCUCUCCGUUUGUCCUCCCUCCAUCCCCCUCUCUCCAGGCGUCAGUGUUGUUUGAGAGGGAGGAGGAUGCUAAGAAGCUGGCUAGCUGUACGAGCCUGACCAUCAAAGGCCAGCCCAUCACCAUACUGAUGGAGAAAGAUGCUCUGCUGGAGGACUCAAAGGAACUGAACCAAACCAAGAAGUCUACUGCUGAA